AAUCGUGAGAUUUCGGCAAGGCAAUUGCGGCAGUGGCGCUGGCAUCCGCCAAUAAACCCAAGUAAGCAAGUAAAUCAAGUAAACCUAUCCCACAAGGGGGGUGCGAAAAAGGGUCUAUCGAAAAAGCCAGAAGAGUGAAAGAGAAACGAACAAAUGUGCCCACCGGAGAAACUGAAAAACCGGCGCGAUCUACAGGCAACAAAAAUGGCGGCCCACUGAUAUUUCCUUGAAUUAAUCCCCAUAGAGAAGAGAGAAGAAAAAAAAAUCCAUCGCUUGGCGAAGAAAAAAAAAAUUUCCCCAACAUAGGCGGUUGUCUCGCGUUCUAUUCAAUACCCUGCGCUCUUGAAUACAAAUUCGAUUCUGACGUCACACGACAAUUUCAAAGACGAAAAACUCAAUUUAUCCCGGUGUAGACGCCUUGAAAUUCCACUUGAAUAGACUUGAAUGACUCCAAUCAUCCUUGAACUUAAUCGUCAAUUAUCCCUAAACAAAACGGAAUAAUUAAAAUCGAGUGGGACUGAUCGGAGUGAAUCCGAGUGUAAUACAACUUGUGAAACGCGUGACAGUGAAAAUAUCGAAAUCUUAUUUAAUACCAACGAAUAUGUGACACGCGCUGCGGAUUAUAACACCACUGUGUGUCAACUUCUCCAUUCCCCUCCCACAUUCCAUUAUUCUCCAUUAAACAACAAACAAAAUCACAAGAUAUCAUUUCCAUCCACCUGUUCUGUUCAUUCCACCAAGAAUUACAUCAAGAUUUAAUCACUCUGCAUAUUAUAGCCGAAAUAUGGCCGGCAAUGGUGACAUACAGUGGUGUUUCUCGCAGGUGAAGGGAACCCUCGAGGACGACGUCACCGAUGCUGAUAUAAUCUCUUGUGUGGAAUUCAACCACGAUGGCGAUCUACUUGCUACUGGGGACAAAGGCGGCAGGGUCGUUAUUUUUCAACGUGAUCCGAUUAGUAAAAAUAGUAUACCCCGAAGAGGUGAAUACAAUGUGUACAGUACAUUUCAGAGCCACGAGCCUGAAUUUGAUUACCUGAAGUCCCUCGAGAUUGAAGAGAAAAUAAAUAAAAUAAGAUGGUUGAAGAGGAAAAAUCCAGCUCACUUUUUACUGUCGACAAAUGACAAAACGAUUAAACUGUGGAAGGUCAGUGAACGAGAUAAGAAGGUGGAGGGUUACAACACUAAGGAAGAGAGUGGGGUGAUGCGUGAUCCAGCUUGUAUCACUGCCUUGAGGGUUCCCACGAUUAAGCCAACGGAGUUGACAGUCGAAGCGUCACCGAGGAGAAUAUUUGCCAAUGCACACACAUACCAUAUUAACAGUAUAAGUGUCAACAGCGACCAGGAAACAUACCUCAGUGCCGAUGAUCUUAGAAUUAAUCUGUGGCAUCUCGAGAUCACUGAUCAGAGUUUUAAUAUUGUAGACAUUAAACCAACUAAUAUGGAAGAACUCACGGAGGUAAUAACGGCAGCAGAAUUUCAUCCAGUCGAAUGUAAUCUACUCGUGUACAGCAGCAGUAAAGGUACGAUAAGAUUGUGCGACAUGAGAUCAGCUGCACUCUGCGAUCGUCAUAGUAAACUAUUUGAGGAGCCCGAGGAUCCGACAAAUAGGAGCUUUUUUUCGGAAAUUAUUUCUAGUAUAAGUGACGUCAAGUUAAGCAAUUCCGGCCGUUAUAUGAUCAGCAGAGACUACCUCAGUGUCAAAGUGUGGGACUUACACAUGGAGACUAAACCAAUCGAGUGUUAUCCUGUUCACGAAUAUUUGAGAUCAAAAUUGUGCUCGUUGUACGAGAACGACUGUAUUUUCGAUAAAUUCGAGUGCUGCUGGAGUGGCAAUGACUCCGCAAUAAUGACUGGCUCAUACAACAACUUCUUCCGUGUAUUUGAUCGUGCGACGAAGCGUGAUUUGACACUUGAAGCAGCACGCGAUAUUGCCAAGCCAAAAACACUUCUGAAGCCACGUAAAGUAUGUACAGGUGGCAAACGCAAGAAAGACGAAAUAAGUGUCGACUGCCUGGACUUUAACAAAAAGAUACUCCAUACUGCAUGGCAUCCCUCGGAAAAUGUUGUCGCCGUCGCAGCGACGAACAACUUAUUCCUGUUUCAGGACAAACUCUAGCACAUUUGCGUACAGAUUAUUCAACGCUAUAUCCUGACGUGAAUGUGUGGUAUGGAGUUGGAAAUUUCAAAAGAAAGAAAAAAAACGAAAAAUAAAAAAAAAUUAAAAGGUACGCCGGUCAAACACAUUGAGUAUUCCCGGCAAUUUGUUUGCGGAUGGAUUAGUGUCCCUGGCCGACACGAGAGGAAAAGCCCCGAUUAAUCGAGAAAGAAAGCUGAUUAACGCUAAUGCAUACUCGCGCACACGCUGCACACGUGCAUAAAAGACAUUAAGCUAGGAUUUAUCCAGACAGAUAGUGCAUACGUUAAAAUUCAUAUUGAAAAUCAAAAGAAAAUUCGUUAGAAAGGGCACAACGUUUUAGUUUUUUAAAAUGUGUACUUUUGUGUACUUUUGGUGUGCACGAGUGUCCGGAGUUAUGAUGCCCGGCGUCUCAAUAAUGAUCUGACAGUUUCCUCCGUGCAUCCGUAGAAUGAAAGAUGGGAAAAUGAAUAAUUAUUAUUAAAGUGAAAACUCAGUAAAAGAUACAGUGGGCCGUGGACGCUGUGUGUCCGAGAGAAGCCACGAUAGCAAAUUAAUUUAAUCCUCAUCAAGCGUCUCAUCCUCUAGUUUUUACAAUUUUAUUUUUUUUCUCUUUUUCUUUGUCAUGAUCACACUUCAUGUACACCACACCGGGCAUUGAUCUACUAUUUCCUCGUUGAUUUAUUAUCUCCAAGUGGUAGCAAUAAAAUUGUCAAAGCCUCUUUUUUAUGAACAAAUGUGGAACAUUUAUUUAUCUCAUGGGUAUCGAUUUAUUUUUAUGUAGGGCCUACAUCAGCACACAUUUUUAUUUUUAUAAUAAAUGAAAGUGAACAUAUACGAGUAAUGUACGAUAUCAUAUUAUUUGAUCACGAUCAAUGGGCUCUACCGUGUGUGGUGUUCGCCUGUCCAUUUACAUUUCAUAUGUCGUAAGAGAUUUGUUUUUUUUUUCUCUAUCUUCUUUUCGUCAACGAGAAUUGAAAAAUUUUGAAUUGAAGUGAGAUCGUGGUGAAUAACGCAAUGCGUGAAUUAUAAUGAAUUGUAUAAAAAAAUGAAGAAAAAUCUGUUUUUAAACGCAUGAAUUCUUUUAUUUUUCGCAUUCAUCGUUGUCCCCUUGUUUGCGAAACUCACUUCAUUAGUGGAUUGUUAAUAUUAUUUCUAAGCAGCUAUUUUCUGUCAGCAAGUAGUUUAAGGAUAUCUAAGACCGUUGGUUGGUUUUGUUCGGUGAAAUUGUUCUCUGCAUUCCAAAAUCAGUAUAAAAAUGUCUCUUUGAAGGAUAUUAUACAAUGA